GGUACAGAAAGCAUGUUAAAAAAACCUGCUUGUCCACUUCUACUCCUCCGAAGGAGGAUUCUCGCGCAAAUCACGCCAAACAGAUUCCGAUCGACAGGAAUAAGUGAAGCUGGGAACACAGAAAUGGAGCAGAAGACUGAGGUGCCCAGAGUGAAGCUUGGAACGCAGGGAUUAGAGGUGUCCAAGUUGGGAUUUGGUUGUACAAGUAUCACUGGGGCGUAUGGCACUAUUCUGCCAGAAGACGAAGGGAUUGGCAUCCUCAAGCAUGCGUUCAACCAAGGGAUCACCUUCUUUGACACCUCUGAUUUUUAUGCAUCUAAUGCUAAUGAGAUCUUGAUUGGCAAGGCAUUGAAGGAGAUGCCCAGAGAGAAGAUCCAAUUGGCAACAAAGUUUGGUAUUGUGAGAGUGAGUAGAAGUAAAGAUGGUUAUAUGGAAGUGAAUGGGAGGCCAGAGUAUGUGAGGGCUUGUUGUGAGGCCAGCCUUAAGAGACUCCAAGUGGACUAUAUUGAUUUGUAUUAUCAACAUCGGAUUGAUCAGACUGUGCCUAUUGAGGAAACUAUUGGAGAAAUGAAAAAGUUGGUAGAAGAGGGGAAAGUGAAGUACAUUGGUUUAUCAGAGGCCAGUCCAGACACAAUCAGGCGGGCUCAUGCUGUGCAUCCCAUUUCUGCAGUUCAAAUGGAAUGGUCUUUAUGGACUCGUGAUAUUGAACAAGAGAUUGUCCCACUUUGCAGAGAACUUGGAAUUGGAAUAGUACCAUUCAGUCCACUUGGCCGAGGAUUUUUCGGUGGCAGAGGAGUUACAGGAAGUCUGCAUGACAACACAAAAUUGGAUGCACAUCCGAGGUUCAUAGCAGAGAACAUGGAGAAGAACAAAGCUCUGUAUUUGACAGUUGAGAAUUUGGCUAAGAAACAUCAAUGCAGCACUGCUCAACUAGCUCUGUCUUGGCUUCUUCAUCAAGGGGAUGAUGUUAUUCCUAUCCCUGGGACAAACAAAAUCAAGAAUUUAGAGAGUAACAUUAGAGCUUUGGAAGUGAAGCUGACAAAGGAGGACGUGAGAGAAAUUUCUGAUUUAGUAUCAGAAGUAGAGGUGGCAGGUUCAAGAGCAUUUUAUUAUACUGAAAAAUUCAUCUGGAAGUAUGCAAAUACACCACUUCCAAAUUCAGCUCCAGAUUUUUGAAAGGUCACACUUGAAGAGACACUCCUGACCAUCAAAAGGAGCUUUGAAUUUGUGAGACCUUUGAUCUCUGUGCAAGGAGAGCCGACCACUUCCACCUCACGAAGUGACACUCUUGACCCAGUUAUCUAAAUGUUUGUUUUCUACUCUGUCUUUCUCACGUUAGCUUCUUCUCUUGACCCCUGGUGGACCUUUAGUGUUUUUCUCGACUUAUUCCUUUUGUGUAUUUUCUCUUGGAUGUAUGACAUCUUUGUUUACUUCUUGUUUGA